AUGUCCUCCGCAGAACGACCGCCUGGGAGCAUGCAUGAUUCCCAAACAGAAGAUCGCGAAGCAAAAUCUAUAUUGGAGGCCAUUGAUAUUGGAAGCACUCAUCAUGGCAAAGAAAGUAAAGAGUUCGAUGAUCUUGAAAAGGCUUCCCCCCAAACAAGUCAGACGAACCUCGACUCAGCGGCCAAAGAAUCGACAUCUGUCAAUGCUGCCAUGGACUGGACAGGGCCUGAUGAUCCUGGAAAUCCUAACAAUUGGUCCAAGUUCAAAAAAGCGUAUCAUUUUUGGCCUGUAGCAUUCCUCGGUUUCGCUUGCACGACUGGAAGUUCCAUCAUCUCACCCGCGAAUCAAGACAUUCAAAACCAAUUUCAUGUCUCUCGAACGGCAGCGAUCAUCCCACUUACAGUAUUCGUCAUUGGUCUCGGAUUGGGACCCAUGCUGGCCAGUCCCUUGAGUGAACAAUUCGGCCGUUCGGUCGUUUACAAGGUCACUGCUCCAGCCUAUCUCCUCUUUACUGUUGGAGCAGGACUCUCAGAAUCUUUUGCUAGUCUGGUCAUUUGUAGACUGUUUGCGGGAUUGGCUUCUGGGCCUGUUUUGGCGGUGGGGUCUGGUACGAAUGCCGAUUUGUAUCCGCCAAAGGAUAGGGCCUUUUCCGCUAGCAUGUUCAUCAUGAUGCCAUUCCUCGGACCAACCUUUGGACCAGUCAUUGGAGGUUUCGCCGCUUACUAUCGAGGCUGGAGAUGGACGCAAUGGUGUAUCCUCAUUAUUGCUGGUGUUGCUUUCUUGACUGCGCUGCCCAUGGAGGAGACCUACAAAAAGGUCAUUCUUCAAAAACGUGCCAAAAAGUUGGGCGUUCCACCUCCUCCUGGCCCAAAGGUUCUGAGUCUGCAAUACUUGAAAGUUCUCAUCACCGUCACUCUGUUCCGACCAAUCUACAUGCUAUUUGCGGAACCCAUUGUACUUCUCUUCGGAAUCUACAAUGCCUUUACUUUCGGCAUUCUGUUCGGUUACUUUGCGGCAUAUCCAUACACCUUCUCCACGGUGUAUGGCUUCACAAUCUGGCAAACUGGUCUCACAUUUUUGGGCAUUGGGGUCGGAGUGAUAUCAGCCGUCACCACUAUCAUCCUCUGCGACAAACUCAUAUACCAGAAGAAACAUGUCGAAGCCCUGCAACAAGGUCUUCCAGGCGCGGCGCCGGAGCAUCGAUUAUAUGCGGCCAUGAUCGGCGCUUUCACAGUACCUAUCGGGCUAUUCUGGUUUGCAUGGACUGCAAGAGCCAACGUACAUUGGAUCUCUCCCGUUCUAGCGGGAAUCCCCUUCGCGCUGGGAAAUCUGGCACUCUUCAUAUCUUCCGUGCUGUAUCAAAUGGACGUCUACGGUCCCUUGAACGGUGCUUCUGCAAUGGCUGCCAAUGGACUUUUACGCUACCUUCUCGGCGCGUGUUUUCCUCUUUGGAGUUUUCAGAUGUUUGAAACGCUGGGUGUGGAUUGGGCCGCUUCGCUGUUGGGUUUCGUUUGUUUGGCGUUGUUGCCGAUCCCGUUUGCUUUCUUCAAGUGGGGACCUCUGAUUCGUGCGAAGAGUACCUAUGCUCCUGCCUGUUGA